AUUUAGAAUUAAGGAUGGUCCUGAGCCUACCCUAACGUGGCCCGAUUCCGCCUUGUGACUGGUGAUAUCCCAUUCCUUUGCAUGAGACUGAGAUCGCAUUUUCUUCCUUUCACAAAACAAAAUAGUUUUGCUUUCUUUGACUCGGAGUUCAUCUUUUUGAUCUCUGCAACCCCUUUAAAGCCGAGGGAAUUAGUUGCAUAAUCAAAAGUGUAACUUGUCUCAAACAAAGCUGUUUGAUUCAAAUCAAUUACUUCCACCAUGAGCAUCCUUAGAGGUCCAUAUGGAUCUUCUUCCUCCACUAGUUCGAAAUAUGACGUGUUUCUAAGCUUCAGAGGUGCAGACACUCGAAAGAACUUUACUGAUCAUCUGUAUAGUGGUUUGAUUCGAGAGGGAAUUAAGGUAUUCAAGGAUGACAGAGACCUUGAAAAAGGAAAACCCAUUUCAGUAGAACUUCUUAAUGCAAUAGAAGAAUCACGUAUUUCAGUUGUUGUUUUCUCAAGAAAUUAUGUUUCUUCACCUUGGUGUUUGGAUGAACUUGUGAAAAUCGAUGAAUGUAAGAGCAAGAUGGGACGAACAGUCAUUCCAAUUUUCUACGAUGUGAAUCCAUCCUUGGUAAUUGGAAAGUUUGAGGAAGCUUAUGGUCAACAUCAACAAGGAUUUACAGACAACAUAAAAAAUAUGCAAACUUGGCGAAACGCGUUGAUGGAGAUCACAAAUCUGUCAGGGAGGGGGAGGGAGUUGAAGGAUAGGUAUGAAGCAGAAUUUAUUGAAGGUGUUGUGAAGGAAAUAUCAAGUAAAUUAAGUAGUUCAACUUCAACCUCAGCCUCAAAUUCAACCUCUGCUUCAACCUCUGCCUCCUCAAACUUGAUCAAUCUGAAAAGAUUAGAUACUUAUUCUGAGGAGGAACUGAAAGAAGCCUUCAAGCUUUUCGAUAAAGAUCAAAAUGGUUUCAUUUCUGCUGCGGAGCUUCGACUUUUCAUGACAAAUCUUGGAGAGAAGAUGACAGAUGAAGAAGUCAAGGAGCUGAUCCAAGAAGCAGAUGUUGAUGGUGAUGGUCAGGUGAAUUAUGAUGAGUUUGUUAGGGUGAUGCUUGAAGGUGUUGUGAAGGACAUAUCAAGUAAAUUAAGUAGUUCAACUUCAACCUCUGCUUCAACCUCUGCCUCCUCAAACUUGAUCAAUCUGAAAAGAUUAGAUACUGAUACUGAGGAGGAAAUGAAAGCAGCCUUCAAGGUUUUCGAUAAAGAUCAAAAUGGUUUCAUUUCUGCUGCGGAGCUUCGACUUUUCAUGACAAAUCUUGGAGAGAAGAUGACAGAUGAAGAAGUCAAGGAGCUGAUCCAAGAAGCAGAUGUUGAUGGUGAUGGUCAGGUGAAUUAUGAUGAGUUUGUUAGGGUGAUGCUUGAAGGUGUUGUGAAGGACAUAUCAAGUAAAUUAAGUAGUUCAACUUCAACCUCUGCUUCAACCUCUGCCUCCUCAAACUUGAUCAAUCUGAAAAGAUUAGAUACUGAUACUGAGGAGGAAAUGAAAGCAGCCUUCAAGGUUUUCGAUAAAGAUCAAAAUGGUUUCAUUUCUGCUGCGGAGCUUCGACAUGUCAUGACAAAUCUUGGAGAGAAGAUGACAUAUGAAGAAGCCAAGGAGAUGAUCCAAGAAGCAGAUGUUGAUGGUGAUGGUCAGGUGAAUUAUGAUGAGUUUGUUAGGCUGAUGCUUGCAAAGUGAUUGCAAUUUCAUUGGGUUGUUAGGGCACCAAAUCUUUGAUGCCCAGACAUGAAGAUGGAUCUCGUAUCGCUGUCGGUGAUUUCAUUGUAAUAUACAAUCUAUUAAUUAUUUAUAUAUUAGAUGGUGUUUGUGUGUGUGUGUGUUUUUUUUUUUAAUUGGCAAAGGACUCUGCGUAUUAUUCUUCAUAUUUUUUGCUAUACAAUCUCCUUAAACUAAUUUAUGCCUAA